AUGUCCUUCGACGCCCCCCUCCCACCAUACACCGCCUCAGACUCCCACGCCACCUUUCUGAACGUCUCCUGUCUGGACCUGCUGCUCAUUGAGAUGCGGGGUGAGGAGCCAAGGGAAGAAGACGAUGGCGGCGGCGGAGUUGGGGGAACAAAGGGGGAUGGGAAGAAGGGGAGGGUGGAGGCGAAGAGGGAGGAGGUGGACGGUGGUGCUGUUCUCGAUGAGGAGGUGUAUAGGGAUGCUAUCUUCAUUCGCUUGGAUGGGUUGGGAUAUCGCGUUGGACAGGGGUUAAGCGAGAGAUUCUCCCGCGACCGGCCCCGCUUCCUCGACAAUCUAGACGUGAUCAAAUUCCUCUGCAAGGACCUCUGGACCAUCCUCUUCAAGAAGCAGAUUGACAAUCUCAAGACCAAUCAUCGGUACCUCUUCUUCCCCUGCGGCAUCAUCCGAGGCGCCCUGUCCAGCCUAGGAAUCAACGCCACCGUUCAGGCCGAGAGCACCGAUCUGCCCAUAGCCGUCUUCCAGAUCAAGACUCUCGCCACCGCUGCUGCUGCUAAACCUUGA